AUGUCUGCAGAAGUCCCCGAGGCAGCCUCCGCGGAGGAGCAGAAGGAAAUGGAAGAUAAAGUGACUAGUCCAGAGAAAGCUGAAGAAGCAAAAUUAAAAGCAAGGUAUCCUCAUCUGGGACAAAAGCCUGGAGGUUCCGAUUUUUUAAGGAAACGAUUGCAGAAAGGGCAAAAAUAUUUUGAUUCUGGGGAUUACAACAUGGCUAAAGCAAAAAUGAAGAACAAGCAACUUCCUACUGCAACCCCGGAUAAGACAGAGGUCACUGGUGACCACAUUCCCACUCCACAGGACCUUCCUCAACGGAAACCAUCUCUUGUUGCUAGCAAACUGGCUGGCUGA